UAGCAUAAGUAACAAUAAUGAUAUUAAAGCUGUAAUAUUAAUGAGCACUUUAAUGUUUAUGUUGUUAAUUACCAUCCCUCUUUACGGCAAGAUAGCAUGGCGUGCGGACGGUGAUGAUAUGGAGGAUGACUACGGUGAUGAUGAUGGUAACGAAAAUGUUUUUACCAGGAGCUACGGUAAUACAAUAAUACCUUUACCCACAGAAGAUAAGAAAGAAAGAAAGAAAAAAAAAAAAAUAAUAAUGAGAAAACCAUUACAGCGCCAUGAAUCCCGUCCACAGAAAAAGCAAACAGGAAAGCCCAUAAUCAAAGGAAACGUGAUGAGGACCGACUGACGGCUUCAGUCCCCCUGUCCUUCACAAUUAGUCCGCUGAGUAUGCCGAGCUGUGGCCACGUUCAGUACCCUUGUCCGUUGCGAAUCAAAGUGAAGUGAAAUACGAGGUAGUUCGGUAGUCACUGCGACGUAAGACAGACGUAAGGGGGUUGAAUAGCGGAAGUGGUGGUUGCGAUGAAAGGACUGGCCGUUGGGGCGUUUCUGCUGGUGGUUGCUGUGGUUAUUUACACGCAACCGAAGCUGGCAAGUGUGGUUGAUUUCAGUGCUGUCAAACACAACAGGGUAUGACGUUUUUAGGUACAUUUAAGCCCAGGUAUUUAUUGUCCGGCUUUUCGUAAACAAUUCGUGACAGUACAAAGGAAGGAUGGCCACUACUCUCUGUUCCAUGCUUGAGUUCAGACGGUUCUUCAUGCAUUUUGCUGCUGAUUUUUCGCUUACCGGAUCUUCUGACAAAUAUACACCGACUUUCAGCUAUCCAUCUGCUGUAGUGCUUCUAGUAUUACUAGUCGGCGUAAUUGACCAUUCCUGCAUCUUACUUCUGGCCAAGAUGUCAUCUAAGGCGAAGUUCCAGGAUGCCUGGCUGACGAAGCCUGAGUUCCAGCCGUGGCUUGAACGUGACGAUGGUGACUCAACGAGAGCCUAUUGCACGCUUUGCAAGGCCGGGAUGGGCGCAGCUAUCUCGACGCUGAGGAGGCAUAUGAAGGGCAAGACCCACGUCGCAGGCGAGAACAGGGCCAAGUGGAAGGCUGCUCAAGACUCUUCGCCCCCCAGCCCAUCUCUCAGUGCAACUGGUUUUGCAACCAUUCUUCUUUGUUGUUUCAUUGCAGAGCACAAUCUCCCCUUUACAUUGGCGGAGCCUCUCGCUGAGCUGCAAAGGCGAAUGUUCCCAGACUCCGACAUUGCCCAGUCUUUAAACAUCAAAAGGACAAAGUUCAACGAGGUAAUGAAAGCGUUAAGCAAAAUGGUGAGUGAAGAUUUGGCCUCGAAACUUAGGACAAAUCAAUUUUCCAUUAUCGUUGAUGAGACGACUGAUGUAAAUACCACGAAAUGUUUAGCAGUGUUGGUGAAAUAUUAUGAUAAAGAAAGGGACUGCAUUGAAGUAUCGAUGUUGGAUAUGAUUGAUAUUUUUCAGAGUAGCACUGUGGGGUCUACAGGUGAAAAUCUGUAUGAACUAUUAGUUGGGUGCUUGCAAUAUCAUAACAUCCCUCUCGAAAACCUUAUAGGAUUUGCAGCAGAUGGAGCAGCAAAUAUUAUGGGCGAGCAGAACUCGCUCUGCAGCAGAUUGAGAGCAUCCGCUCCAGGUAUAACUAUAUUCAAAUGUAUAUGCCACUCUCUCCACCUGUGCGCUUCGGAGGACCUAAUCAGAAAUGUAUUUUUUUUUUCUCACAGCGCCAAGAGGAAAAAUCAAUUUAAAGAUUUUCAAAAGAUUUGCAAUCUCAAACCCCAUAAGAUGCUGCACGCAUCACAGACUAGGUGGUUGUCACUUCACCAGGCUGUAGAACGAAUACUUGAGCAGUGGGAAGCACUACUUCUCUAUUUUAAAUCUAAAGAGGCAGAGGAUUUAAGACUGUUAUCGACAUAUGACAUUUGUUGUAAAUUACAGGACAAAUCAAUAAUAUGUUACUUAAAAUUCCUCAAUUUUAUCUUGCCCAAAUGCAAUAAUAUAAAUCUAUUAUUUCAGAGACAGACCCCCACUAUCCAUUUGGUAUACAAGGAGAUAAGGGAUUUAUAUCAACAAAUUGUAUUAAUGUUCUGUAAACCUGAUUUGAUAAAAAGAGUUCCCUUAGAAAAUACUGAUCCAAGGGACGAACACUUUCACGUGCCAACGUGCCAAGUUUGGUUGGGGUCUGCCGUUAAUGGGGAUUUUCAGUCUCCAGCACUGAAUUCAAAAUUGUAUGUAAUCUUGGACGUAAAAGAAAGGUGCAAGAAAUUUUUAAUAACUCUCUCUUUAGAAAUAACGAAAAGAUUUCAUCUUAAUGACAAGCUGUGGAAACUAACAGCUGCCCUGAACCCUCCCAGUGCCUUAGAUUGCAAUCUAAGAGUGUCAAUGCCGUCACUGGAUGAACUCGUGCAGUUACUACCAAGAUUAUAUGAAGGCAACAUUAGUACAUUGGCCGAUGAGUGGCGAUGCUUGCCAUGGCAUGAAUUCAAAAAUGAUAUGAGCAAUUGUGAAGCAAAAGAGGUCAAUCAAGAACAGAAUAAAAAAAUCACAGUAUUGCCACAGUUUGCUUUACAAGUCUUGUCGCUCCCAACCUCUAAUGCUGACGCAGAGAGAAUAUUUUCUAAAUUAUCAUUAAUAAAAACAAAAGUAAGAAAUUCACUGCAACUUCCCUCAUUAAAGGCCUUAAUAAUUAUAUCCGAAUUUUGUAGAAAAAGUGGCGGGAUUAAAAAAUGCGCCUUCUAUGUACAAUUGCGUAUGAGUUUCCAUUUUGUUGUUGUUGUUUGUGUUGAUUAAUUAUUUUUUUAAUAUAUUCAUUGUUAUAUCUUUUUUAUAUUUAUAAUUUAUUUGAAAAAUAAAUUAUUGUU